AUGCCAGCGAUUACUAUUGACCGAUUUAAAAAAUCUUUUUUUCCAUAUGGACUCAUAUUUACCAUUCUGAUCGGAAUAAUCAUAUGUCUCACUACUUUAACAAUUGUCUAUGCGAGUUUAUGGCGAAACGGAAAUACUUCUUCGUAUGUCUAUGCCGUGGAAAAUGGAAUUAUCAGUUACCCAGUUCAGCUGCCUAAAGACGGCCGAUACGUUCAAUGGACAUUUUUGCAUCUAAACGAUGUUUAUGAACUAUUACCACUCGAUCGAGGACGCAAAGGUGGUUUAGCACGCGUUGCGUAUCUUCGAAAGUUAUUGAAAGAAGAAAAUCCUCAUACAUAUACAAUUCUCGCUGGUGAUCUUCUCUCUCCGUCGGCAUUAAGUUCAUCGACAGUAAAUGGAACAACCCUGAAUGGGAAGCAAAUGAUUGCAACGAUGAAUACACUUGGACUUGAUCUGAUGACAUUUGGCAACCAUGAAUUUGAUUUAUCAGAAAAAGAUUUACUGGCUCGAAUGAAUGAAUCAACAUUUACAUGGAUAAGUACGAAUGUAUUCCGAAAAGAUUCAAAUGAACUAUUCGGACCGAGUAUUCCACAUAAAAUUCUCACUAUUGAUUCAGUUCGAAUACUCUUUAUUGGUUUAACUAUCGAUGGAACUGGUUCAUAUAUUCGAUAUGUUAAUCAAUCAUCUUUGGUUCCGCAUGUCCAAGGAUUUUUAAAUACAUUUCCGAAUAAUACAUACGAUGUACUGGUAGCAAUUACUCAUCUAGAUUUACAAAUAGAUACUGAACUGGCAUCGAAAAUUCCUCAAAUUGAUCUGAUUCUUGGUGGACAUGAACAUGAAAAUUAUUAUUAUGUACGUGGAACGACAUAUACACCGAUCUACAAAGCUGAUGCCAAUGCAUUUACUGUUUAUAUUCAUCGUUGUGCGUUUAAUUUAGAUACAAAACGUUUCCGUGUUUAUAGUCAUUUAGCACCAAUUACUUCUGACGUCCCAGAGGAGAAACAAACAGCUGCAAUUGCUAAUCAAUGGUUUAAUCUAGGUAUAAAAGGAUUCCAAACGUUAGGUUAUGACCCAUUAGCCAUUGUGUCCUGUUUACCAACAGGAAUUGAAUUAGACGGACGAUCUGAAUCCGUACGAAGUUCUACAACAUUACUGACCACUCUAAUCAGUGAAAGCAUGUUAAACUUAACGUUAGAUCAUAACACAAUGAUCGGUAUAAUCAACGGUGGAACCGUUCGAAUCGAUGAUAUUCUUCGUGAAACGAUUUCCCAAUAUGAUGUUUUACGUACAUUACCUUUUGGAAAUAUUGUUGUUGCUCUCUCUGUUCCCGGUCAAUUACUCGCUCAAGUACUGACCCAUGGAAUAUCAUUGAAAGGAAAUGGCAUGUUUCUUGCUUACACACGAGUAGAAACAAACGAUGGUGGUAAAACGUGGCUGUUAAACGGAACAGAUAUAUCGAAAAGUGGAUUGAAUUAUAGAGUAGCUACAACGUCGUACCUGCGCGAUUAUACACAAUUGAAUAAUACGAACCAGUUGCUGUCCCAACUACUUAUCCAAUUACUACUACCACUUCUACCGUCACCUACGAUAUCGGCAAUUCUAUGUGUCUUAAUAAAAUAUGUGUUUGUCGACCUGGAUAUAUUCCGCAGGGGAAUAGGAUUUGUAAUUAAGAAAAGAGGCAAUGAACUAAUUGCAAAUCAAUGGCUAAUUAUGGCGCUGUUUUUUUACUUCUGA